AUGUCCCUCCUCAUCAUGGUCAUCAUGAAGAAAGGCAAAUUUUUGGGGAAUGCAAAAAAGAACAGUAAGCAUUCCUCUCCCAAACUUCCCCCAGGCCCCUCUCCAUGGCCUAUUGUCGGAAGCUUACUUGAGCUAUACAGAAACCUUCCACCAUUCCAAUGGAUUGAUGGCAUCAUGAAAAAAUUGGAAACUGAUAUUGCGUGCUUCCGGCUAGGCAGUGUUCAUGUUAUUGUUGUGAAUUCUCCAGAGCUAGCUAGGGAUUUCUUACACAAUCACAAUGCAGUAUUUGCCUCUAGACCUAUUACCAUGGCUACCCAGCAUUCCAGCCGUGGAUAUCUCAGCAUGGCGGUUUCUCCAUUGGGUCCUCAAUGGAAGAAAAUGCGGAAAAUGUACACCACUCAUCUAAUAACGCCUUCAAGACUUCGAUGGCUACUUGAGAAGAGAAAUCAAGAAGCUGACAACUAUGUUUCCUUCAUUUUUAACCAGUGCAACAAAUCUUCUUCUUCUGAUGGCUCAGUCAUCAAUGUAAGAACUGCCCUUCGUCACUAUGUUUCAAAUGUCAUUAAGAGAAUCAUUUUUAGCAAAAGAUAUUUUGGGGAAGGUGGAAAAGAUGGAGGCCCAGGGAAAGAGGAAGAAGAGCAUGUUGAAAUAGUUUUUAAACUCUUGAAGUACAUGUUUGCCUUUGGUGUAUCUGAUUAUCUGCCAUGGUUGAGAGUGUUAGAUAUACAGGGUCAUGAGAAAAGUGUCAAGAAGGCUAUGAGAAUUUUGAACAAGCACCAUGACCCCAUCAUAGAGGAAAGAAUCAGGCUAUGGAGAGAUGGGAAAAAGAAAGAGCCCGAAGAUCUACUCGAUGUUAUGAUAACAUUGAAGGAUGAGACAGAAAAAUCAUUGUUAUCAGAAGAAGAGAUCAAAGCUCAGUGCAUUGAGGUGUUCUUUGGGAUGGACAGUCCAACAACUUCAGUUGAGUGGGCAUUGGCAGAAAUGAUUAACAAACCUGAGCUACUACAAAAAGCUGUGGAUGAGAUCGAUAAAGUGGUCGGAAAGGAAAGACUGAUUCAAGAAUACGAUGUUCCACAGUUAAACUAUGUUAAAGCUUGUGUUAAGGAAGCUUUUCGGCUCCAUCCUGUUACUUUCUUUAAUCUUCCGCAUGUUUCAACUGCGGAUGCAAUUGUUGGUGGCUACUUUAUCCCGGAGGGCAGCCAUAUUUUGUUGGGCCGCUAUGGUCUAGGUCGAAACCCUAAAGUUUGGGGAAACCCUUUGGAGUUUAAGCCUGAACGUCAUUUUGAUUGUGAUAAAUCAUCUAAAGUGGAGCUGAUAGAUCCAGAGUUGAGAAUGAUUUCCUUUGGUUCUGGAAAGCGUGCUUGUGCGGGGAUUGCACUUGGUACACCUUUAAGUGUGAUGGCAUUAGGGAGGAUUGUCCAGGCAUUUACUUGGAGUGUGCCCAAAACUUUAGAAAAAAUUGAUUUGUCUGAAGUUCCAAAUGGUUUGGAGUUGGCUAAACCACUACAUGCAUAUGCAAAGCCGCGAUUACCAUCCACCAUGUAUCCUAUCAUGCUAAAUGGGUUUUAA